GGCGGAGGCGGUGGAGCCCCGGGAUCCACUCGCCUGGAGCCGGCCCCUGCACUCUGAGCCGCGGACGCCGCCUGCCAGCAGCCAACUUGAAGCUGAAAGUUCCUCGGGUCCUGCGCUCCGGAGAAGAGCGCGCAAUCCAGCGACGGACGACCGACGGCGGCGGCCCGACCAGGCGACCCGGGCCCAGGACCUCUCCUGGACUCGGCCCCAGCUCCGCAACCGCGAUUUCUCCCGCCCGCCAAACUUGGGGGUCCUGGAGCCCAGCAGGGAGCCCUCCCAGUGGCAGGAGCGAGCACGGACUCCGAGGGCUGGAAUUGCUCGGAUCGGGCCCAGCAGCGGCGGAUUCAGCACCUAAGGAGCCGGGCAGACGCUCGGUGGGACCCCCAUAGCAGGGCGCACCCGCCCGCGCCUCCAGCCCCGCACCCUAGCAGCGGAUGAAGAGUCCGGUGCGGCUGCCUGAGCAGCCCGCGCGCUGAGAGGAGCGGGCAGAGUCUGCCCCGGGCCCCACCAGUGGGGCAGGGCUCCAGGCCGCCCACUGGCCCCCGCGGGCCGCGCCUCCACGCACCGCGGCGCCGGGCCGAUCCAGAGGUGCAGGGCGCUGCGAGAGCCCGGCCGUGUUGCGCCGCGAGCCGGAGCCCGCGGGCCUGACAAGCGGCGGGACAUGCAGAUAAAUCAGACAGAAGACAUAUGACACACUGUGGGGUCUCCCUGCCAGGAGAGUCAGAGUCAAACUUGAAGGAACUUGCUAGCCCCUUUCCACCCAUGGAUUCCUACUUUCCUAGGCUCUGAUGUUCUGAAGCCCCACUUUGGAAGCUGUCCGUCCCAGGGUACUGGGGCGGACUGAGGCCAACCAUGCCCAGCCUGCUGUUGCUGUUCACUGCGGCUCUGCUUUCCAGCUGGGCCCAGCUGCUGACGGAUGCCAACUCCUGGUGGUCAUUAGCUAUGAACCCGGUGCAGAGACCAGAGAUGUUUAUCAUCGGUGCACAGCCUGUGUGCAGUCAGCUUCCUGGGCUCUCCCCUGGCCAGAGAAAAUUGUGCCAGUUGUACCAGGAACACAUGGCCUACAUCGGGGAGGGAGCCAAGACGGGUAUUAAGGAGUGCCAGUACCAAUUCCGGCAGAGGCGAUGGAAUUGCAGCACUGUGGACAACACAUCUGUCUUUGGCAGAGUCAUGCAGAUAGGCAGCCGGGAGACCGCCUUCACCUACGCUGUGAGCGCCGCCGGGGUGGUAAAUGCCAUCAGCCGUGCUUGCCGUGAGGGUGAGCUUUCUACAUGUGGCUGCAGCCGGACAGCACGGCCCAAGGACCUCCCCCGGGACUGGCUGUGGGGUGGCUGUGGGGACAAUGUGGAGUAUGGCUACCGCUUUGCUAAAGAGUUUGUGGAUGCCCGGGAGCGGGAGAAGAACUUUGCCAAGGGAUCAGAGGAGCAGGGCCGAGUGCUCAUGAACUUGCAGAACAACGAGGCAGGUCGAAGGGCUGUGUAUAAGAUGGCAGAUGUAGCCUGCAAAUGCCACGGCGUCUCAGGCUCCUGCAGCCUCAAGACCUGUUGGCUUCAGCUGGCUGAGUUCCGCAAGGUGGGGGACCAGCUGAAGGAGAAGUACGACAGCGCAGCUGCCAUGCGCAUCACCCGAAAGGGCAAGCUGGAGCUGGUCAACAGCCGCUUCAACCAGCCCACCCCAGAGGACCUUGUCUACGUAGACCCCAGCCCUGACUACUGCCUACGCAAUGAGACCACAGGUUCCCUGGGCACCCAGGGCCGCCUCUGCAACAAGACCUCAGAGGGCAUGGACGGCUGUGAGCUCAUGUGCUGUGGCCGUGGCUACGACCAGUUCAAGAGCGUUCAGGUGGAGCGCUGCCACUGCAAGUUCCACUGGUGCUGCUUUGUCAAGUGCAAAAAGUGCACCGAAAUCAUCGACCAGUAUGUCUGUAAAUAACCCGGGAGGGAGCUGCUCUCCUGACCCUCUCCUCCACUCUGCCUCACAAAAGUCUAUAUUAUAUAAAUCUAUAUAAAUAUAUUUUAUAUUUGUAUAAAUAAAUGGAUGGAUGAUAAAUAAUUAAAAGAAGAAAAUGGAAAGGAAAAGCUUAUUUAAGAGACGCUGGCGAUCUUUGAGGACUGGGCUUUACUGGUUCUCUGCUUCCAGUGGGAGAGAGAACAGGCUUCUUUCCUUCCCCUGGUGAGGACUCUCAGGAUGUAGGGAUGUGGAAAUAUUUACUGUCUAUCCAUCAUGGCCUUGAGGAGAGAGGCAGUGGUUAGAUGGAGAUGAUCCUGUCUGGAAGUCUGGAGUCUGUUGGGUAGAUAAGUACCCUAUUACCCCAGCCACAAGGCCAAGAGGCCCUGUGGAAGGUGACAGGACCUCAGCAUAAAUCCUGAUGGCUGCAGGGUCUUGUCCAGAAUAUAGAUUGGUUUGGUAAGGGGCCCAAUGCUUCCUUGUUUUUCUGUGUGCACACUUAAGAAUCCACACUUGCAAGACUGGAUUCCUCUCCAACACAAAGAGAGGUCUGAUGUCACCUGGACCCUGGUGACCACAAAGGGAUCUGCACCUCUUGAGAGCCCUUGGGGCCUGUCUUUCCAGGAAGAAUCACCCUUCCUCCACAGUUCACUAGCUCUUGCUAUGAAUUUCUGCCCCAGGAGGAAAGUGGGUCACGUGACCUACCAUGUCAGGAAAGACAUUAACUGAAUCUGUAUGCCUGGGCUGCGGAAACCCAGGUGCAACAUGGGACCGAGCGAACCUUGCACUGACCUCCCUCACAGGGAGAGGAAACUUGUACUGCUGCUGCUGUCAUCCAUCAAGGGAGGCUGGGAGGCCUCAUGGACAACAGGACAUGUGGGCAGGUCAGGCCCAGAUGGCCUGGCAUGUUCUCUUCAUCUCUGCCCAGAUGUACAGUUUCCCUCUGACAUUAAAUAUCCUU